CUCCUUCACAACACUUCUCUCCCUCACAACACCGCCAUCAUGCCUUACACCGACACCGAUCGCCUUGGAAUUAAUACGAUUCGGACGCUCGCCGUAGAUGCAACUUUUGCUGCUAACAGCGGACACCCGGGCGCCCCCAUGGGCUUGGCCCCGGCGGCUCACGUCCUCUUCAACAAGUUCAUGACUUUCAAUCCGAAGAACCCCGACUGGGUCAAUCGCGAUCGUUUUGUCCUCUCGAACGGCCACGGAUGCAUGCUCCAAUACGCUCUGCUACACCUCUUCGGCUAUGCCGUCACCAUUGACGACCUUAAGCAUUUCCGCCAAGUGGAUAGCAUCACCCCGGGUCACCCAGAAGCCCAUGACACUCCCGGUAUCGAGGUCACCACUGGUCCCCUUGGCCAGGGUUUCUCGAACGCCGUCGGUCUUGCCGUUGCUCAGGCUCACACUGCGGCCACAUUCAACAAGUCCGGCUUUGAGCUAAUCAACAACUACACCUACACCAUUUUCGGCGAUGGCUGCGCUAUGGAGGGCAUUGCCAGUGAGGCUGCUAGCACUGCUGGUCACUUGCAGCUUGGAAAUCUGAUUGCCAUCUACGAUGACAACCAUAUUUCCAUUGAUGGUGACACCAAGUGCGCGUUCACCGAGGACGUUCUGAAGCGAUUCGAGGCAUACGGAUGGCACACACAGUGGGUGAAGGAUGGUGACCACGACCUAGAAGGCAUAGAGGCAGCCAUUGCUGCAGCCAAGAAGGUCACGGAUAAGCCUUCCGUCAUCAAGCUCACGACCACCAUCGGUUUCGGCUCCAAUCUCCAGGGAACCGGCGGUGUCCACGGAAACCCCCUCAAGGCGGACGACAUCAAGCAGGUCAAGGCGAAAUUCGGCUUCGACCCGGAGAAGACUUUUGUCGUGCCCCAGGAGGUCUACGACCAGUACCACGCCCAUGCUGCCGAGGGCGCUGCUGCUGAACAAGAGUGGAACAAGCUGUUUGAGAAGUACGGCCAGGAGCACAAGGAACUUCAUGCCGAUCUUCUUCGACGACUGAAGAAGGAUCUGCCAGAGGGAUGGCAAAACCACCUCCCCGUCUACAAGCCCACGGACGCUGCCAUCGCCUCCCGCAAGCUCUCCGAGAGCGUCCUCGAGGCCAUUUACGAAGUCAUUCCCGAACUCAUGUCCGGCUCCGCAGAUCUCACAGGCUCCAACAACACUCGGUGGAAGAAGGCCAUCGACUUCCAGCCCCCCAGCUUGGGCAUUGGUAACUGGGCCGGUCGUUACAUGCGCUACGGUGUGCGUGAACACGCCAUGGCCGCUAUCAUGAACGGAAUGUCCGCCUAUGGCACCAUUAUCCCCGCCGGCGGAACCUUCCUGAACUUCGUUUCCUACGCCGCCGGUGCCGUCCGCCUCUCCUCGCUAUCUCACCAGCGCGUCAUCUACGUCGCUACCCACGACUCUAUCGGUCUUGGCGAGGACGGCCCCACCCAUCAGCCCAUCGAGACCCUCGCCCAUUUCCGCGCCCUGCCCAACAUGAUGGUCUGGCGCCCGGCCGAUGGCAACGAGACCUCCGCCGCCUACUAUAUGGCCCUGACAUCCAAGGGCACGCCAUCCAUCCUCGCCCUCACCCGCCAGAACCUGCCGCAGCUUGAGGGCUCCUCCCUCGCCAAGGCCAUCAAGGGCGGCUACGUCGUGCUUGAGGACAAGGAGGCCGACGUCACACUCGUGUCGACGGGCUCUGAGGUCUCACUGUGCCUCGAGGCCGUCAAGACCCUCAAGGACCAGGGCCUCAAGGCUCGCGUAGUUUCGCUACCUUGCGUCGAGGUGUUUGAUGCUCAGGACAAGGAGUACAAGCUCUCUGUCAUCCCAGAUGGUGUCCCGACUUUGAGCGUCGAGGUGAUGUCGACGCUAGGCUGGGAGAAGUACAGUCACGAGCAGUUCGGCCUUAACCGGUUCGGUGCGUCGGGACCGUAUAAGGAGGUUUACGCUAAAUUCGAAUUCACCCCCGAAGGCAUCGCCAAGCGCGCCAAGCUUACCGUCGACUACUACAAGGACGUCAAGCCGCUCCGCUCGCCGGUCAACCGCGCCUUCCAGCAGCUCAUCUAGACGUCUAACUUCGUCUUCUGCACUUAAUGGGAGUCAGCUACGAACUUGAACGUAUGAUUGCGGGAUCGGUUCCUUCAUUAGCACCUUGUUGAAGUCGAGUGCUUGGUUACUUGACUGAAGAGUUGCGAAUUCUUGUGUGAAGGGGAGGUUUCUCAAAAUUAGAGUGAGAGCGGGGGUAUAUAGAUUGAAUGACAUGCGUUGAUCGUGUACGC